AUGGCUGAGGAACAACUCCAGGAUAUCCCCGAGGGGGAGAUCGAGUCCAACUGGGACCAGGUCGUUGACAACUUUGACAACAUGGACCUCAAGCCCGAGCUUCUCCGUGGCGUCUACGCCUACGGUUUCGAGCGCCCGUCUGCGAUCCAGCAGCGCGCGAUCGUGCCCGUCGUAAAGGGCCACGACGUUAUUGCCCAGGCCCAGUCGGGUACCGGCAAGACCGCGACGUUCUCCAUCUCCAUCCUCCAGAAGCUCGACCCGAACAUCAAGGGCACCCAGGCGCUCAUCCUUGCGCCCACGCGUGAGCUCGCGCAGCAGAUCCAGAAGGUCGUCGUCGCGCUCGGCGACUACAUGAACGUCGAGUGCCACGCCUGCGUCGGCGGCACCAACGUCCGCGAGGACAUGGCCAAGCUCCAGGAGGGCGUCCAGGUCGUCGUCGGCACCCCCGGCCGCGUGUACGACAUGAUCAACCGCCGCGCGCUCAGGACCGACAACAUGCGCAUCUUCUGUCUUGAUGAGGCCGACGAGAUGCUUUCCCGCGGUUUCAAGGACCAGAUCUACGAGGUCUUCCAGCUCCUGCCCCAGGACACCCAGGUCGUCCUCCUCUCGGCUACCAUGCCCGCCGACGUGCUCGAGGUCACCAAGAAGUUCAUGCGCGACCCCGUCCGCAUUCUCGUCAAGCGUGACGAGCUUACGCUUGAGGGUAUCAAGCAGUUCUACAUCGCCGUCGAGAAGGAGGAGUGGAAGCUCGACACGCUCUGCGAUUUGUACGAGACCGUCACCAUCACCCAGGCCGUCAUCUUCUGCAACACCCGCCGAAAGGUCGACUGGCUCACCGAGAAGAUGCACUCUCGCGAGUUCACCGUCUCGGCUAUGCAUGGGGACAUGGAGCAGAAGCAGCGCGAGGUCCUCAUGAAGGAGUUCCGCUCGGGUUCCUCCCGUGUCCUCAUCACCACGGACCUUCUCGCCCGUGGUAUCGACGUGCAGCAGGUCUCGCUCGUCAUCAACUACGACCUCCCCACCAACCGCGAGAACUACAUUCACCGCAUUGGUCGUGGCGGUCGUUUCGGUCGUAAGGGUGUUGCCAUCAACUUUGUGACCACCGAAGACGUGCGCAUGCUCCGCGACAUUGAGCAGUUCUACAACACCCAGAUUGACGAGAUGCCGCUCAACGUUGCCGACCUCAUCUAG